CUGUUAGUCCCGAUUUCAGCUCCUGGAGGAGAAAUCGGUUGCGAUGUCUCGAAAAUUCCCUGUCGCGUCUGUGGUGGACCAUCAUCUGGCUUCCAUUUUGGGGCCCUUACUUGUGAGGGUUGUAAGGGCUUUUUCCGACGAACGGUGAAUUCAAGCAGCAUCCAUCAGUGUCUGGGUAAUCAGACUUGUCGUAUAACUCCCUCCAAUCGUAAUAUGUGCAAGAGUUGCCGUUUCAAAAAGUGUCUCGAAGUUGGAAUGUCCCAGAAACGUGAGUCAUUCUUCGUCUUUCUCUCUCUCUCGUCUAUAAUUGGGCGAAUUUGUUUACGCGCUGUGAGGUGCGUUGUGCGCUUACCAAUUGGCCAAUUAACUCACACGACUCUCAUGACCAAUCGUUUUGCCUCGCAUAUCACAACAACAGAGCGAUGA